GAGAGAAGGCAGGAGAGGGAAAAGAAGACGCUACUUCUGACUAGUAGAAGUAAGCGACUUUGCGUCUGAAACAUUGGGGAAGAAUACCGUACUGGCUGCUGAAUCAUAGACUAACAUGUCAGCAUAUGAAUGAAACCAGAACUAUGAAAGCGCGUGGGCAUUUGAGCUUUACCUUUCAUAGAGAGACCAAUAGGUGAUGACUGAUUGUAUAGGAUUACAAUAGUCGCACCCAGACUAUUAUAGUUCUUAGGCAGAAAAGGGGGACCGUCCGAAAAUCAUGGAGUAUAGAGUAGAAAUAAAAAUUAGCUAGCGUUAAAAGAUUAAAGAAGACUGCAAAAAAUAAAUUGCCCGGAGCAUCUGGAACCUGUUAAAUAAUGGAUUUUAGCUCUAUUCGCAAAUUGAUCACCAGAUGGUGUGCUGGAGAGGAGAACUGGGUGGACACCAGGACGGUGUACAUCGGAAACAAGGAGCCCCCACCGGGAGCAGAGGCCUACAUUCCCCAGAGGUACCCCGACAACCGCAUCAUCUCCUCCAAGUACACCUUCUGGAAUUUUGUUCCGAAGAAUUUGUUUGAGCAGUUUAGAAGAAUUGCCAAUUUCUACUUCCUCAUCAUAUUUCUUGUCCAGUUGAUAAUUGACACUCCCACCAGUCCCAUCACCAGCGGACUACCUCUCUUCUUUGUCAUCACUGUCACGGCCAUCAAACAGGGCUAUGAGGACUGGCUCAGGCACAAAGCAGACAAUGCUAUUAACCAGUGUCCUGUGCACGAGGUGCAGCAUGGGAAGGUGAUCAGGAAACAGAGUCGUAAGCUGAGGGUGGGUGAUGUGGUGCUGAUCAAGGAAGAUGAGACGUUCCCCUGUGACCUCAUCCUUCUCUCCACCAGUAGGGAGGACGGGACCUGUUUUGUCACUACAGCCAGUCUGGACGGGGAGUCCAGUCACAAGACCUACUAUGCUGUGCAGGACACUAAGGCCUUCAUCACAGAGGAAGAUUUCGAUACUUUACAGGCUUCUAUUGAAUGUGAACAACCACAACCAGACCUCUACAAAUUCGUGGGACGAAUCAAUAUUUAUUCGGACAGAAACGAGCCCAUCGCGAGGCCUUUAGGAUCUGAGAACCUACUUCUCAGAGGGGCGACACUGAAAAACACACAGCACAUAUAUGCUGUUGCCAUCUACACUGGUAUGGAGACCAAGAUGGCGCUCAACUACCAGUCCAAGUCCCAGAAACGCUCUGCAGUGGAGAAGUCAAUGAAUGCGUAUCUGAUAGUGUACCUGUGCAUCCUGAUCAGCAAGGCUCUGAUCAACACAGUGCUGAAGUAUGUGUGGCAGGCUGACCCGGACAAAGACGAGCCCUUCUACAACCAGAAGACUGACACAGAGAGGCAACGCCAUAUAUUGAUCCGGGCGUUCACAGACUUCCUGGCCUUCAUGGUGUUGUUUAAUUACAUCAUCCCCGUGUCCAUGUACGUUACCGUGGAGAUGCAGAAGUUCCUGGGGUCCUACUUCAUCAUGUGGGAUGAUGAGAUGUUUGACGAGGAACUGGGAGAGAGGGCUCAGGUUAACACAUCUGACCUCAAUGAAGAACUGGGACAGGUGGAGUACGUGUUUACAGACAAGACAGGCACCCUGACAGAGAACAACAUGGAGUUUAUAGAGUGCUGUGUGGAUGGCUAUGUUUACGUCCCUGAUGCCAUCUGUAAUGGACAGGUCAUGCCAGGGUCAACCAGCAUGGACAUGAUCGACUCCUCACCUGGACCAGGGGGCAAGGAGUCUGAGGAGUUGUUCUUCCGGGCGUUGUGUCUGUGCCACACGGUACAGGUGAAGGAGGAGGAGACAGUGGAUGGCAUCAAGAUGGGUAUCCACCAGAACAAGGCCACUUCCUUCUACAUAUCAUCCUCUCCUGAUGAGGUGGCACUGGUGGAGGGCAUGAAGAGGCUAGGCUUCACCUAUCUGCGGCUGAAGGACAGUCACAUGGAGAUUCUUAAUAGGGAGGAUGAGGUCGAGAGGUUUGAGCUGCUGGAGGUAUUGACCUUUGACUCUGUGAGAAGGAGAAUGAGUGUUAUCGUCAGGUCCACCACAGGGGAGUACUACCUGUUCUGUAAAGGGGCCGACUCCUCCAUCUUCCCCAGGGUGAUCUCUGGCAAGGUGGAGCAGGUCAAAGCCAGAGUGGAGCACAACGCUGUGGAGGGCCUACGGACACUGUGCGUAGCCUACAGAAAGUUGAGCGUGGCUCAGUAUGAGGAGACAUGUCACCUGCUGAACAGCGCCAAGCUGGCCCUGCAGGACCGAGACAGGAAGCUGGCCGAGGCCUAUGACCUCAUUGAGAAGGACUUCGUACUGCUGGGGGCCACCGCCGUGGAGGACAGGCUCCAGGACAAGGCAGCAGACACCAUCGAGUCUCUCCAGAAGGCUGGGAUGAAGGUGUGGGUGCUGACCGGAGACAAGAUGGAGACGGCGGCGGCUACUUGUUACGCUAGCAAGCUGUUCCGCCGCUCCACACAGAUACUGGAGCUGACCACCAAACGCACCGAGGAACAGAGUCUACAUGACGUUCUGUUUGACCUGAGUAAAACUGUACUCAGACAGCAUGGUAGCAUGACCAGAGACACCUUCUCAGGUCUGUCUGCUGACUGUGUGGACUACGGUCUGAUCAUCGACGGGGCCACCCUGUCUGCGGUGCUGAAGCCCAGUCAGGAGGACUCCAGUCAGGGGAACUACAAGGAGAUCUUCCUGGAGAUCUGUAGGAACUGCAGCGCUGUGCUCUGCUGCCGGAUGGCUCCCCUCCAGAAGGCACAGAUUGUGAAGCUGAUCAAAUCAUCUCCAGAACACCCCAUCACGCUAGCCAUUGGAGAUGGGGCUAAUGAUGUUAGCAUGAUCCUGGAGGCUCACGUUGGGAUCGGCAUCAUGGGUAAAGAGGGUCGCCAGGCAGCGCGGAACAGCGACUACGCCAUCCCGAAGUUCAAACACCUGAAGAAGAUGCUGCUGGUUCACGGACACUACUACUACAUCCGCAUCUCAGAGCUUGUCCAGUACUUCUUCUACAAAAAUGUCGCCUUCAUCUUCCCUCAGUUCCUCUACCAGUUCUUCUGUGGCUUCUCCCAACAGCCGCUGUAUGACACAGCCUAUCUGACACUGUACAAUAUCAGCUUUACCUCUCUACCCAUCCUGCUCUUCAGCCUCAUCGAGCAGCACAUCAACAUGGACAUCCUCAAGAAAGACCCCUCCCUCUACAGGGACAUAGCUAAGAACUCUCUCCUGCGUUGGCCCAUUUUCAUCUACUGGACCUUCCUGGGGGUGUUCGACGCCGUCGUCUUCUUCUUUGGUUCUUACUUCCUGUUCAACAACAGCACCUUCACCAGCAACGGACAGCUAAUGACAACCAACACACAGAUGAUGUUUGGUAACUGGACGUUUGGGACUCUGGUCUUCACAGUGCUGGUGUUCACAGUCACCUUAAAGCUCGCCCUGGACACACACUACUGGACGUGGAUCAACCACUUUGUCAUCUGGGGCUCGCUGCUUUUCUUCGUCAUCUUCUCUCUGCUAUGGGGAGGCAUCAUUUGGCCCUUCCUGAACUACCAGAGGAUGUACUAUGUGUUUAUUCAGAUGUUGUCCAGUGGUCCGGCCUGGCUCAGCAUCAUCCUGCUCAUCGUCAUCAGUUUGCUGCCUGACGUGGUUAAGAAGGUUGUCUGCAGGGCCCUGUGGCCCACCACCACAGAACGCAUCCAGAAUGCAGACAAGCUGUAUAACGGCCAGCUAUCGGAGUUCACCCCGCUGGCAUCUCUCCACGCGCCCACGCGCAGGAGGGCCGACCACCAGAACCCCAUUCCCAGAAGGUCUGAACCCUUCACCAAAAAACUUAUGUUCACCCACUGGAGGAGCGGGCCCGACUACUGCACUUUCACCCCACUCCUCCGAUUCGCCGGCAACUCCCGUCACUCUGGGGCUGGCUAUGCCCACAAUGGGGCAGGGCCUGAGACCUCGGUCUAGUCUAGAGUGGAGUUUAGUCUGAUUUAGACUGGAAGUCUAGACCAAGAUUUCAGUGUUGAGCAAUUGACCACUGGAACAAUCUGUCCUCUAGACAGUAGAUACCUAAUCUAGACGCGUACAGUUACCAAUGUCAUUGUGAAAAAGCAAACAAACACCAAAUACACACAGAAGGACGAUCCACAUGAUUCCCAGUCCUACGGCUGUGUUGUGUUAGCACAAGGAGCUGAGGGAACUGAACAGACUUUGCUCCAGGCAAGCAGUGCCUGUGGAUUGGUGGAAAGGGCCUUGGCUCCACCCAUUAAUGUCUACUGUGGGUCCGAACCCUCAGACCCACCCUGCAGUGUGCGUGUGUGUGUGUGUGUCACUCCCCCGUAUCUGUCUGUCAACUGUCUGUCAGUGAUGAUGUCAUUUAAAGUGUUUGUCAUGAAGGAUGUCACUCCCCCGUAUCUCCCUGCCGACUGUCAACUGUCUGUCAGUGAUGAUGUCAUUUAAAGUGUUUGUCAUGAAGGAUGUCACUCCCCCGUAUCUCCCUGCCGACUGUCAACUGUCUGUCAGUGAUGAUGUCAUUUGAAGUGUCAUAAAGCAGGGAUGUCCAGUAUGAAUGGAAUAUGUUCAGAGGUAUUGCAUGUGCUUUAACUGACCACACUUUCCUGUUUUUCUUUUGUCUUUUCCUCUCUUCCUCUCUCUUUCUGUCCUGCUUUCUAUAGAACAAACUGGUGUUGCCUCUGUGCAUAUGUCUUAUCCAGGAACACGCCAUAAGACACUAGUCUUUUCCAGUUCAGUUGUAAGUGGCUAGGCCGUGAUAGUGGUUUAUCUCUACUGGACUAGAGACAGUUCUGUGUGUGUAGUAUCCCGUGUCAUAGACUGUCCUUGUGUCUACUGUGGAGUGAUGUGAUUAUACCUCCAUUCCCCCUUGUAACCGUCCCAUUUCCUGACAUGGAAGCUGAGGCAUCCUGCCUCACGUAGUGCUAAAGACCCACAGUGGGAAACCAUGGGAAUCCUUUUCCGCCUUAACAUCUACACAGUGUUUCCUUUGAAAUACACAGUAGUCUGGAACCAAAGGCUCAGAAAAAAGGCUCAGAAAAUACUUUUUCAAUGGCUUGCCUUGCUGGUUAUUGCCUUACACUGAGACUGGGUGGGACAGAGGAAGAGAAAUUCUGCCUUACACCACACCAGGAUUGGUGGACAGUAUUAGAUAGGAGAGAGAACCUGCUCUGCUCUGUCCCUUGGCAUAAAUAAUAUAGAACAUACCCAUAGAAGUCUCACACGAUGCGUGAGAGCCUCAUGAAGGUGUUAUAAGAGUGUUAUAAUUCUAUCACAAGAGUCUGUCAGGGGUCUUAACAUCUCAUCUGUCACUGUGUGCUCUCUCCCUCCCUCAGAUCCUCUCUGAUGCUUUUAUGUUUCAUUUUCUUUCUUCAUGUGUUUUUUUUACCUCUACCAUUUCUCCACUUGUUCCUUUUGAAGUGAUGCUCGUGUGGAUCUGUCCUCUCGAGCCUCACUACAUCUCCUCCUCCUCACUUCCGCCUCCUCUCAUCCUCCACUCCUCCUCUCAUCCAUUCAUCCAUUCACUCCUUCAUCCGGUCAUGCAUCCCUCCAUCCGUCUCCUAAGAACACAGUCUGUGUUGUGGGUGUAAGGAGAGAGAACGAGAAAGGGAGAUGGAGGGGGGACUGUACCAAAACCAAGGUUUUUCUACACACAUUUAGAUUUCUUGUGGUCCUGUGGUGCAUUGUGGGAUCUGUUCAAACCAAGAGGAACAAAAGUAUAUUGAUGUCCCAUAUAUAGAAAGGGAUUUUGUAAUACACCGCGUGUGUGUGUGUGUGUGUG